ACGGAGUAGUUGAUUAACAGAUCCAACCACCAUAAAGUCAUAAACCCCAGAACCUUAAACCAAAACCCCUCUCAAUCAAUUUGAGCUCAGUAUUCCAUCUUCAACCUUCAAAUGUCAUUCUCUACCCUAUUCAAACCCAGAACAAUUCCAAUCUCUAUCCGCUUCCUUCCCGCCAUUUCUACCACCUUCUUCUCCACUCUCUCUCCUCACAAACCCCAUUACUCACACCCUUCCAUUGAUCCACCGUGUCCAAAGAAACUCCCAUUCAAAGUCACUGCUCAUGGCCGCACUUGGGACGAUCCUUACCAUUGGAUGUCCAAUAUCGACGACCCAGAUUUUAUCUCUUAUCUCACUCAAGAAAACUCUUAUGCUCAAUCUUUCAUGGCCGACACUAGGAACAAACAAAGGGAGCUUUUUUCUGAGAUGAGUGUUCGCACCCCCUCUGAAAUUUCCACUCCCCCUGAGCGCUGGGGCCCUUGGCUUUACUACCAACACAUCCCAGAAGGGAAAGAAUACCCUGUUUUAUUUAGAAGACUGGAGACAGAAGAAUCUGCAGGUCUAGGAAGUUUGUUUAGUUGCAUAAAAAGAGGAUUCAGAAGGGAGGAGGUUUUGCUUGAUUGGAAUGAGAUUGCAGAAAAAAAUGGUUAUGUUCAUGUGGGUACAUGUCGGGUCUCACCUGACCACAACUUUCUGGCAUAUACACUUGAUGUAAAUGGUUCUGAGAGAUUUACCCUUCAGAUUAAGGACUUGAGAGAUGCUCGUAUUGUCUCAAGCAUUAAAGCUGAUGCAGUUGUUAGUUUGGCUUGGGCUCAAGGUGGAUCUGCUCUGUUCUAUACUGUCGCUGACAAUAAUCAGAGACCAUACAGGGUACUUUGUACAGAAAUGGGGUCAAAUGUUGACAGAAUAGUUUUUACAGAGAGCGAUUCUAGGUUCUGUGUGGACAUUACUUGUACAAAGGAUGGCAAGUUUGUUACAAUAAACUCCAACUCAAGGUCUUCCUCAGAGGUCUAUGUCAUUGAGGCAGACAAUCCAUUUGAUAGUCUCCAAAGAGUAAAUAAGCGUGUCAAGGGUGUGCAGUAUUUUUUGGAACACCACCAUGGUUUUUUCUAUGUUCUUACAAACUAUCCUUCAGCUGUGGUUGAGAAGCUGCAUUGUGGAAACUAUUACCUUGGCAUUUGCAGAGUUGAAGAUAUAAGUUCUGCUAAUUGGCAGAAUAUUAUUCUGCCAAAAAAAGGAACCAGCUUGCAGGAUAUGGAUCUUUUCGAUAAACAUUUGGUCCUCUUUCUUGAGAAGGAGGGCUCUUCUAUAAUGUGUUCUGUCGAUCUACCUAUUGAUGGCAACAAGAAGCACAUCGUGGAGAUUGAAGAUUUAAAUCCUUGGACUUUCCCUGUGCCUUCUGAGUUGUGUGGUAUGGCCCCAGGGUCAAACCAUGACUACAUGACCUCAGCAUACCGCAUGGUUCUUUCCUCACCAGUGAUGCCUGAUUUAGUAGUUGAGUACGACAUGCCUAGGCGUAGGUUCUCUGUUAUUCAUCAAGAAGAGGUGUUGUGUGUUACCGGUAGUGCACGUACUGAUUCAUCAAAGUUUUCUAUUGAUUGUGAACCAAUAUCAAAUGUUAGACAUGACAAGUGCAAUCAACAAGAGGUAGAAAAAUCACAGAGCUGGAAAGAAUUUUCAGUAAAUUAUGCUUCGGAAAGGCAUGAGGUCAUUUCCCAUGAUGGUAUCAAGAUUCCUUUAACCAUUGUAUACUCCAAAUAUACACACAACAAAGGACAGUCUCCUGGGAUUCUCGAAGCAUAUGGUGCAUAUGGUGAAGUCUUAGACAAAAGCUGGUCCUCAGAUCGCAUCAGCUUACUUGAGCGUGGUUGGGUAAUUGCGUUUGCUGAUGUGAGGGGUGGAGGUGGUCCUGAUCCUUCCUGGCAUCAAUGUGGAAGUGGAGCUCAGAAGAUAAAUUCUAUAUAUGAUCUUGUCUCAUGUGGUAAGUAUCUGGUUGAUGAGGGCUAUGCUACAAAAGGUAAACUUGCUGCCAUUGGAACCAGUGCUGGGUCUCUUCUUGUGGGUGCAGCUAUGAAUUUUAAUCCUGAUCUAUUUUGCGCUGUGAUUCUAAAGGUUCCCUUUGUUGAUAUAUGCAACACGUUGAUGGAUGACAGCUUGCCUUUAACCAUUUUGGACUAUGAUGAAUUUGGGAACCCUAAAAUAGAAACCCAAUUCAAGAGAAUUAUGAAAUAUUCUCCUUAUGACAAUAUAAUUCAGGGAGUCUGCUAUCCUUCAAUGCUCGUCACUGCAGCCUUGAACGACUCAAGGGUUGGAGUAUGGGAAGCUGCGAAAUGGGUGGCUAAAAUACGUGAAAGAACAUGUACAGGUUGCUCUCGAGGUGUUAUCUUGAAGACAGACAUGAAUGGAGGACAUUUUGGUGAAGGAGGCCGUUACGGGCAGUCUGAGGAAAAGGCUUAUGAAUAUGCAUUUCUGAUGAAGGUAAUGGGACUGCUUGAGCUUCAUAACACCAAACAUUAAGCUCAUAUUUUUGCAAUGAUCACUCUGCUACAAGUUCUGAUCAUUUACCAAGAUAGAUAUGACAACAUCGUAAGAUGUUGAUCAUUCAAAGAGUCUCCGGCAAGCUUGUAGGUUAAAGUGAAUCUACCAUGGAAAUGAAGCUGAUUGAAGUUCAGUAUCCCAGCAGCUUGUAAGCAAGUUGAAGGAAUGUCAGGGAAUCGGGAGAGAGUAGAAGCUGGGCGUCGUCGAUACAACUCUACAUGAUUUUGUUUUUACAAUCUUAACAACUAACUUCGUAUGUUUUUUAUGUAAAAAUGUGAUUUGAAGAUUAUUCUUUUUUUUUUUUUUUUUUGCAACGUAAGAAGAAGAGCCCUACUGGGUUGGAACCCCGCACGGGUCAACCCGUCCGGGUUAGCAGGCUAGACACUUUGAGAGUGGGGGGAAUGAUAAGGGAAAACCCUCCCUCAAAGUGCCUCUAGUGGGGAUUGAACCCCCAACCUUAUGGGUUGGAAGGUGAAAUUCUUUCCACUAGGCCAAGACACACUUGGUUUGAAAAUUAUUCUUCUUACGGUUCAACUUUAACGCAUUAGGGAAGGAAAUAUAAUUGUUGUAUUUCACUUUUUUUUUGCUUAUUUUACCCCUCAUGAUUUGUGUUAUAGUGAUUAGCGAUAAUUAUUGUAAUUUUAGAUGAA